AAAUGUGCACAAAUCCUGAGUCAUACUUCGAUAGUUUCCACAAAACAUCCCAAGGGGAGUUUAAGAACACAUACUACAACCCAUUCCAUGUCAAGCCAAGAAAGAGAACUAGCAAAGAGCAACUAGAAGUUCUUGAGAAGACAUUUGAGACAAACAUAAAGCCAGAUGCCGCAUUAAGAAAGGCCCUUGCCACUAAAUUAAGAAUGACACCACGCAGUGUACAAGUAUGGUUCCAGAACAAAAGAGCCAAGGUAAAAAACAGCAAGACGCAAAAUGAGAAGAAAGAGACAGAUAAAGAAAUAGAACUGGAAUCACUUUUCAUAAAAAAGGAGAACAAGAAAGAAGACUACGAAUGCUUCUUAUCUAAUUACUCCGGGUACAAUAGAGAGUUUGGAAAUAUCCCACAUAAACACUUUUUAGAAGAGACGCACCACCAAUUCAAGGACGAAGACUUAGAAACACUUGAUAAACUAGUUCUAGGAGAAGAGAACAUAGAAAAGAACAAGAAAAACAAAAAGAAGGACGACUACUGCUCCUUCUACUCAAUGGCAAAUACAUUGCACUUUGACCCUAGCAAUUAUCUUAAUUAACCAAUAAAAUACAUAGCAC